ACUGAUUUAUUGUUACUGGUUCAAAUUUUCGGAAUUUCGAUUCAUCGAUGGGGUAGAAUCAGAGGUCGCUGAUCUACGCUUUCGUUUCUCGCGGGACCGUGAUUCUCGCCGAGUACACUGAAUUUUCAGGGAACUUCAACUCCAUCGCUUUCCAGUGCCUUCAGAAGCUACCCGCUACCAACAACAAGUUCACCUACAACUGCGAUAAUCACGCCUUCAAUUACCUUGUUGACAAUGGAUACAAUUAACGAUAGGGUUUAAAGAGAUUCUUCCUUUAAUUAUUUGGGUUGACAAAGUGGCCCAACGGCCCAAGGGUCCAAGAGAACAAAAAGAGGAAUACAAAAAAACAUCACCCCUUCCUUAGGCUGGAGCAAGGAACAGCAAAUGGCGUACUGGAACGCCCGGCGCAUCCUAGCAUCUACGCUCUCACGAGCUCUCUCUUCGUCUUCCUCUGCACCUGCAACCGUUUCUCGAUCUCGUUCUCGCUUGCCUUUUGCUCUGUGUGCCGCCAAACAAACACUACCGGUUCCUGAUUGUGCGAGGCUCCACCGGGUUCGGACCAAGUCGUCGGGUUCGGGUUACUCGCCGCUGAACGAUCCCUCUCCCAAUUGGAGCAACCGUCCGCCCAAGGAGACUAUUCUUCUCGAUGGCUGCGACUACGAGCACUGGCUCAUCGUCAUGGAGUUCCCCGAGAAUCCCAAACCCUCCGAACAACAAAUGGUUGAUGCCUAUGUCAAAACACUAGCUCAAGUUCUUGGAAGUGAGGAAGAGGCUAAGAAGAAGAUAUACUCUGUUUCCACUACUACAUAUACUGGUUUUGGCGCCCUCAUUUCCGAAGAGCUUUCUUACAAAGUUAAAGAGUUACCUGGAGUUCUUUGGGUGCUGCCGGAUUCAUAUCUUGAUGUUCCCAACAAGGACUAUGGGGGUGACUUAUUUGUUGAUGGGAAAGUGAUUCCAAGGCCGCAGUAUAGAUAUUCUGAGAGGCAACCAACUAGGAGUAGACCUCGGCCACGGCAUGACAGGCGUCGUGAAACAAUGCAGGUUGAAAGGAGAGACCCUGUUCAAAGACAGGACUGGAACCAAAGUCAGGGAGUACCUAUGCAGCAAUCGACUCCAAUGAACAGUCAAAACUCUCCUUCUGGUGGACCAAAAUGUUAAACAUGAUCUCUGCUUGACAAAUUUCCCCCAUAUAAGUAAGAGAACUUAGUAGUUGUAGUGGAGAAUUCUGAUUUAAGUUCUGAAUCUGAAGGCAUGUUGUAUGUCCGUGGUUUUUUAUUUGGAAAUGACUCUGCCUGAACUUGGACAUCAUAUGAUUAGAAUCUUUAGUAUCAUUAUGAUGAUGUGAUAUCCAAUUCAGAUCGUUUACUAUUAAAUUGAUAAACUUUUGGUUGAUUGUACUUAUCUUAGUAUUCAAAUUCUCGCAGCAUGGAUCCUUAGUAAUCUGGUUAUUUUUUUGCCAGAGCCAAAGCAGUUCGCCUUUUGGGA